UAUUUUAUCCAAUAAAUUAAAACAUGUUGUAGAGUGAUUAAUGGUACUGCAUUACAGAAACAACCUUAUUAUUAAAAUCUCUUUCAAGCAGCGGGUGGCGGUACUGAGCUGCAGGCGAAUCUGUUCCUCGGUCUGUUUACAGGGGAAGAAAUUCUAGCCUUAAACCGGCGCUAUGAACGAACAGAAAUGGAUUCAGACGUUAACUCGAUUUCAGGCUCAGUGUCGUGGUUAUGCUUUGAGGAAAGGUCUGAGUUUGGUUCGGACUCGGUUUGAAGAGAUAGUGCGAGAGAUUGAUGGAGGAUUGGAUCACCUGCAGUGGAGAGGAAACCUCAUUCCCAGACCUCACUUCACUGACACUGAAAACCUAUUGCUGCAGUAUGAGCGCUCCAGGUUUCAGUCCCAUGACAUUCUGGAUGAUUCAGAGAGGGAACAGAAGACAGAGAAUGAGGGCAGUGAGAAAUCUCUCCCACAGUCUGAAAUUCAGGUACCAGAGAGAGAUGAAGCUACUGAAACAGCCAGCAGAGACACUUCCACAUCUGUUGAUGGUAUUGUGGACAAGAGAGGAGAAAAUGUGGUCAUACAAAACCUGAUGGAUGAAUCUAAUACACUAUGCAGUACAGUGAAUUCAGAUGUCAGCCACUACAGCUUAUUUCAGACAGGAACACAUUUGCGUUCAAUUUUUAAAGACACAGCUAAUACUCCUGACUCUCUGAAGCAGCAGCGGAGCACUUUAGCCAUGGAGCUGCUGUGGAUUCAGCAAGCCAUCAGUAGCAGAAAGAAAUAUCUUAUCCUCAAACAGAGAAUGGACGUGCCACACUGAUACUGGACCAGUUCUGAAGCAGACCAACAUUUUAUGAAAUGUUUUCUCAUUAUUUCUGUAUUAUUGUAUAAUUUACCGCACAAAAUGUUUGAGAAUUGUUGUAGACUAUAUUUAUUUAUAAACUUGUGUAGUUCAUAAACAGGUUUGUGUGUUAAAGAAGAUUUUUAUUUUUGUAUAAAUGGCAUUUCAUAAAUAAAUAUAAGAUGCAAAUGGGAUGGAGAUGAGAGAGAUAUAAAUUUUUAUGUAUCAAAAAAAGCCAUACUGUUCUCACAAAGACUCCCACAACUUAAUCUUACAGUGCAGUCAAUGUGGUAACAUCUGCUUAAUUAUUGUCAUUAUAUUUUAACUGCAUAACUACAUGAGAACUGACCUCUAGGUGUUGCCUGGUUUCUUUCAAGGGUUUUUCCACCAUUAUCCAGAUUCAAUGUUACUCUUGCCUUGCUAGAGCUGCCUUUGGCUUGCACACCAGGGUAUAAAAUAUAUUAUAUACUAUAGUCUACUAUGUGUUACGUAUAAGUAGUAUUAUGCCAUGACUUUCAAUUUACUCCUCAGUUUAACUGUUGAUGGGUGAGCGACGUAAUCAACAUUUUAAAUCUGUCAUUUACAAGAAUAAUUCAUAUUAUAUAGAUUGUUUAUAUAGUCGCAUAAUGUAUUAUCACCUAGUGGUAUAUUUAAAGACGGUACUAUUACAUCUACUUUACCUGUACACAUACUAGCAAGUAAAGCGAUAAACUAUAUAGCAAAUGCAGCGUGAUUGUUUAUAUCGUCGCUAAAUGCAAACUAGGAUAAAUUAUUUCACUGCUAUGUACA